AUGCCAUUGAUUUGCGAUGGAGACAACGAGGAGUUGUUGGAAAUCGACGAUAGUGUUGUGGAAUGUUCGAGGGACAAGAGAAGUCUUUCGACGGAGGAGACAUUCCGCGGCUUCGAAAAAGUGCCUCUAGUACUAUGCCAGCGAAUUGAUAUAACUCCUUAUAUAAAUAAACAUUCCAAGGCGCCCGACCUGAAAGAUGAUAUGAGACCGGUGGAAAUUAUGGAUAAAGACGACAUGAGCAAAUUAUUAACAGAUUGCUCGGUAGUUUUAGUGAGGGAGGAUCUGAACAGCUUAAAAGAGCCGCUCCGUCAUCAGAACGAGAAUUUUAAAUGUAGGAUAUGUGACAAGGGCUAUCCCAGUGAAAGAAAACUCAACAACCACUUAGAAAACAAACAUAUGACAGUGAAGACACCCAAACGAGUUUCAUUCUCUGAGCACAUAAUAGUUCACGAAGUCGAAGAGUACCACCGAUGUAGGAAGUGUCCCAAGAUAUUUAAAGACUACGAAACUUUGAAGAUCCACAUGCGACAGAACCACAAGAAACGGAAGUGUUACAUCUGCAAUUAUUGUAGUAAAGACUUUGUUGACCGAACCUUCUUCAAAGUUCACAUCAAACUGCACUGUGACGCGUGCGGAUUACUGCUGCCAAAUAAAAAGCUAUAUCUGGAGCAUAGAGAGAAAGUAUGCAGAGUGGUCAAGAAGUAUGAGUGUAAGACGUGCGUCAAACAUUUCUUCCGGUUCAUGGAUCUUAAGGAUCAUAGCUACGAGCACGUCGGAACGUUUUUCAUAUGUGACGUGUGCAAAGAGCUGUUUCACAACAAAUGUGAAGCCGCCCACCACAUCAUGUAUUCUCAUUCAACGGAACGGCCAACAUCCAACUACAUAGAAACAUCGGGAUCCUUCACAUGUUUGUUCUGCGAUACCAGCUUUAAUUCCCUCGAAGAUAUAGAAAAACAUGUCGGCGAGUUGCCGGACUUGCAAAACACAACAACUACUUAUUACAAUGAUUAUCAUUUUUGUGAUCAAUGCAGUAAAAAGUUUGAUGCUGAGUCCGAAAUGCUCCAACACAAAUGGUCACACUUUCUGAAUAGCACCGAUAACUCACAGACACGGAAAGAUGGUGAUGAUGUUGACAAUGAUGAUUUAAUAACUGAUGAUGGAACUCAGUUAAAAACGACCUAUAAGUUGGGAGAAGAACUACCUUUGAGCCUUCAACCAAAGUUGGUUCUAGAGAAAAUAGAACUGCCUAAGAAACCCAAGAUGAAGCAGGUACCGAAUCGGCCAGAGAGUUUCAUAGGUGCAACCAAUGUAUCAAUAGGAACACUUAAAAAGGCCAUUGUAGACCCGGUUACCAAGAAGACCAUACUAUCAAACCAUAAAUGUGAGAAAUGCGGCAAAUACCUGUCAUCCAAUUACUGUUUGAACCGACACAUGAGGAGAGUCCACAGCAUCGUCAAAGAGACAUACGAAGAGAAUCUCCAGUGUUAUGUGUGUGAGGAAGUUUUCUUCUGGCCAUCUCUGCUCCACAAUCAUCGUUGUAUCAGAAGCAACAUACCUGAGAUGCCGUUCGAUGAUGCUCGUCCCGAGAUACACUUUGAUAACUAUGAGGAAUCCCUUCAUAACGAUAGCGAGGAAUUUAUGAAUAUGGACUAUGAGAUGGCUUCACCGAUAGUUCAGUUGACGGAGUAUGAUAACUUAAACAUUGUGGUCAACAACGGAAACGGUCGUCUGGAUGUUAUAGACAAUGAAAAGAAUCAGAUUAACGGGUUGGGUUUCAAGGUGGUGAUGCAAGAAGUUCCAAUUGAGUUCUAG